AUGAAGUCCAGUUGUUCAGACACGACAGACGAACCCAAGGAGUCGGUGCAAGAAUAUUUGCAGGAUCAUCUAUUUGAGUUAACAUCAAAUGGCAAGUUUGUGCGAUGGCGAUGUGAUAACCCGAGGCAUCCAAGAAACUGGUCAGUCUUUCGAAAGACUUACGAUGUCGGAGUUAUUUGCGCUCUAGAUCUUUUCAUAACGGCAAGCAGUACGGCAGGCGUAAGUGAUCAACAGUCAUAUAUGGUUUUGACACCGGCUGAAACGCAUCAUCUAUUUCUCUUUGGACAAUCUAUAGGCACCAUAAUCUUCCCUCCCUGGUCCGAAUCUUUUGGUCGAAAAAAAAUGUAUAUUUUUAGCAGUGGCUUGAGCUGCAUUUGCUGUCUUUUAAUUGGACUUGUGCAUUCAUUAGGCGGAGCGAUUUCUAUGCGGAUAAUUGCUGGUUUACUUUCCGCGAUACCAGGUACUAUCGUGGGCGGUAGUAUCGAGGAUAUGUUCAACUCCCAGGCUCGCAUUUGGGUUGUGUUUUUUUGGACUAUUGCAUCAAAUAUUGGACUGAUCAUUGGGCCCAUAAUGAGUAGCCAUAUUAUUGAGCUCCUGAAUUGGAGAUGGGUUUUUUAUGUCUAUGCCAUUAUUCUCGGGGCAGUCACUGGAUUCCUCUGUUUAAUUCGGGAAUCCCGUUCGUCGCUGUUGUUAACUCGCGAGGUUUGCCAAAUGCAGAACGAAGUUCCGACCAUUCCUCCUGCUUUGAACCAUGACCACUCACCGGAUCUGCGCGCCUUCAUGAAAGAAGCCCUAUUCCGACCCGUACAACUAUUCUUUGGAGAACCUAUCAUCUUCACCAUCGCUAUAAUGAUCUCUAUCGCCAUGUCGCUUAUAUACAUAUUUUCUGAGGCUCUGCAGCCUAUUUAUCAGUCCAUGGGUUUUUCUGCAUCCCAGUCAUCCCUCAUUUUCAUGGCCAUUGGCCUGGGCACAUGUGUCAGCACAUUAACUCGCAUUCUUGACUCUCACAUCUUCAAUAAGCGCAGAAGCAGGGGUAAACCUAUCAGACCUGAAGAUAAACUCGUGGGCCUGGCACUCGGUGCCCCAUUUCUCGCUAUAGGUCUAUGGUGGUUUGGCUGGACUAUUCCGCCUUAUACUAUAGGCCGUGAUAUAUCGUGGAUUGUGCCGACAUUAUCCCUUGUUUUAGUUGGAUAUGCAUUGACGGAGCUAGACACCGUGCUUUACGGGUACAUCUCAGAUAGCUAUUUGAGUUACUCUGCCAGCGCAACUGCUGCGGUGGCCUUUCUUAGAGGGAUGCUGUCUGGCACAUUCCCCUUAUUCACAAAUCAAAUGUUCGGUUCACUUGGCUCCAACAUUGCGAUUUCAAUUCUGGCAAGUGUGGCAACAGUUUUUUGUGUUGUGCCACCUUUACUCUUAUGUUACGGGGAGAAUAUUCGGCGGCGAAGUCGGUUUGCAAGAUACAGCUGGGAAAUUCAGGCAGAGAUGGGGAAAGGUAUGGAUAUGUGA